UAACACUUCUUUCUUUCUUUAGGUUAGUUUCUUAACAAUCUUACGAUUGUAUCGCGAACUGUUGCACGAUUCAACAUUUUUGAACCAUAGAAGCAAUAUUAAAUUCUCUUGCCGAAACACAUGUGAUGUGUAUUCUUGAGCGUAAGAAAAGUUUUAUAAUUAAUAGGAUUUAAAUUAAUCUCAGAUAUAAAUGUAGAAAAUAUUCUCGAUGAUCGGCGCAAUUUGUCACGAACAAAAUCGUUUCUUUCAGUUGUUGGUUUUCAUCACCUCCAGUUUUAAUAUCCAGUUAUUUUUAGAGGUUCUCGCUACUCUCUGUCUAUGUAUUGUUUUUUUAAUAAAAUACAAUGCAAUUUACCUCAAUAUAAACGAAACAUAAAAUGCGAUUGGGAUAUGCUACGAGAUUCUGCGGAGAUCGAAAUAAUGAUGAAGCAAGCUGAUACAACGCGGUGGUACAUAAAGUUCUUCGCACGUAAGAGACCUUCUUGCAUUAAGCAGAUAAGAAGCACUUCGCAACAGUUAAUAAAACAAAAAUCACAUCGUCACUUGAUAUUUUUUGCAGUGAUCAUGUAUAUAUUCCUUUUCCUGUUUGUUGCGACGAAUUAUUUGCCGCUUAUUCUUGACGUUGUGAUACCGUUAGACAAACCUCGACCACGAAAGCUACUGACACAUUUAGAAGUUUUUAUCGAUCAGCAUAAAUACUUUCAUUUCAUAAUGUUAUUUAUAAUAAUAGCCAGCUUUUUUGGUAUUACCACCGUGCUAGCUGCUGAAACUAUGCUAAUGAUCUUCAUACAGCAUGCUUGUGGAUUAUUUAAGGUUACCAGUUAUCGAAUGAUGCGAGCCUUUGAUAUUAGUUCUGUACCGGCCAUCAAUUAUAGCAAAAAGUGUACAAUUUGUAAUAGAUUGGCAAGCGCUAUGAAGAUUCACAGGACCGCGAUACUGUUCUCGGAGCGCAUAACAUUAUAUCUUGCAAACAAUUACUUUGUACUGAUAUUGUGCGCUGUCGUUUCCUUAAGCAGCAACCUGUAUCGAUUAACCCAAGCGCUCGCUGUGAUGAAGAUAAUGGAUAUGUUUAUCAUUUUCGUAUUCAUCUGCGGUCACUUCUGUUACAUGUUCUGGUGUAAUUACGCUGGGCAAGAGUUAAUGAAUUCCAGUACCGAAGUAUAUCACCAAGUAUAUAACUCACAAUGGUACAAAUCUCCCGUGCACAAUCAAAAAAUGAUGAUCCUGAUACUAUGUAGAAGUGCAAAGCCUUGUACCUUUGUCGUAGGUCAUCUGUUUUUGACUUCCUUGGAAGGUUUCGGGACGCUUAUAAGCAUGUCGUUGAGUUAUUUUACGGUCAUUUAUUCCACUCAAUAAAAUACCUCACGACGAAUGCGUUAAUCACAAUUAUACGAUAUCAGUUGUAAAACAUCUAAAUCGGACAGGAUAUCCACGAAUGUGCGCGAAUACACCGUAUGCACAUAAAUGAACAAUUGUAGAUAGGUAAUAGUGACUAAUUGAAAGUGUAUUUAUCACUGCAUAUUUGUUUCACCUUGUCAUAAUUCACGAAAUGAUCGUUCGUUGAAAAGUUAAAGGUGAUUCCGACAGGCGUUCCACUCGAAGCGUAAAAUGAUCGAAUUCAAAAGUAAUAUAUUCGCGAUGGCUCAUGAGAGAAUGUGCUUUCUUCGAAAUGUCUCAAGUGUUACGUUUGCAUGAGGAUAAAACAUGUAAUGUUGGCGAGAAUAUGUUUUAACCGUGGCGUUCGAAUGAACGUAAUGUUAUUGUUACGUUAAAUGCCGCACAUAUUACGCAAUUCAUUUAAUUUCUACAUUAGGGCUGUCUUUUCACGAAUACACGGAACGAUUAAUUUUUAAUACUACGGUACAGUCUAGAAUCUUUAAAAUAAUUUAAAAUUUUACUCAAAAUAUCUGUCAUAUGUCUUGCAGUAAAAUCGAACGUUACAUGUAAUAUGCACAAAAUAUGGUAAUAGCGAGUAUUACAUUGAGGAAAGAAUUAUGCAGUGUCAAGAAACCUCCUCCGUCCGACAGUUGAGUCGGAAUUCUUAUUGCAAAAAAAAAAUAAAUGUUAUCGUGAAGUAUUUAUCAAAAUAACUAAUCGAUCUUUACGAUUAUCACUUAUGUAUAUCACGAGUACGCAGAUGUUUAUCAAUUUUGCUACCUCGAAGUUUUCCACAUUCACUAAAAUAUCGUUAUUUUUAGUAGUUAUCAAGUACUUAUGCAUUUAACUUGUGCAUUUAAUAAUUGUUCCAUCUCUAGCCUCAGCUGUGAUAAAAAAUACAGAGUGUGUAUCAGAUUAGCGAGCACCGUGAAGAUUCACAAGAAUGCUACCAUGUCGGUACAUAUUUUAUUCUUUAAUGUAUAUCCUGCGUGUGUAUAUUCAAUUCUAAUAAAAUAAUCUGUAUGACUUAUCUGUAUUCUUUUUGGUCUUAAUUUGUUAAAAAUUCUCGGAACACGUAACAUUUUGUUUUGCAGCGACUUACUUGUUCCUAAUAAUGUGCGUCGUCGCCUUCUUACACAUUAACCUAUUUGGAGUGAAUCGUAACUAACAUAUAUAUUUUGUUAAAGCUUCGGAGCUUGCAACAAUGUAUUCUAAUCGUCUGUUUCUCAAUUUAAAAGAUAUACGUGACUUCCACACAAGACAAGUGGGAAAGCUUAACAUGGGACGAUCACAUUUGAUGCUAAGUAUGCAAACGACGCAAUGUCUUAACUUAAUUUGACUAUUUACAAUAUUCUCAUACGAAUAAUCCGAAUGUACGGCUUUAAUGAUGAGAACAAGCUAUUUAGCCAGUGAAUAUUUUAAAAUGAUAACUAAAAUUCCAAAUGUAUAUAGCUUGACUGUUUCAAGUUAUUUCAGGUUAUCAACAACCUCGGUAUAUUUAUUCUUUCUAUAUUUAUC